GCAGCACAAAACACACACAUAGACAGAUACAGGCUCACCCCACAUACCUAAAUUAAGGUCUCAAUAAUUCAACAUCUUGUUUUAGUAUCUACAAGAAAUUGAAUAAACUUGAGGCAAAACUUUAUUCUGCAUUUGUCCUUAAGCUACUGAAAAAAGCUGCAGGGAUAAUAAUAUAUAAUAUCUCCAAUACUGGACAUGCAAAAAUGGAGAACAAUUGCAAUAAUAUAUCUAAUUACAGAAAAAGGCUGGACAAAACACUAGAAUCACCUGUCCUGACAGAUGAUGUAAUGCUCAAAACCCUUGUCAAAAAUCAAAUUUUGCAGACAUCCCAUUUUCAAUUUGAAGGAAUUGAAAAUGUGGUGGAAAAAAGAACUAAAGAGCUGUCUAAUUUUCUUGGUAUGUUGAGGAGUGCUUCGGUAGAUGGCUCCGGGAGGUCGAGAUCCAAUGAGGAGCAGAACACCGGAUGGAAGAUAAAACAAGACAGUAAAGAAAUUCGGGUCAUGUAUCGUGAAGGACCAGAGGGCACCCCUUUUCACACACUUCUUGCUGAAGGAUAUGUUGACGGGCCACUUGAUGUUUGUAUGUGUAUUUCAUGGGAGUCUGCCCUGUAUAAGAAAUGGUGGCCUCAAAUCGCAAUCCCGACUUUCAGAGUCGUGUCGUCAAAAUGUUUACAAAGAGUUCGAGUUGGCGAACAAAUAUCUUUAGUAAGGAUGAAGCUUUCGUGGCCGUUGUCGAGCAGAGAGGCAUUGGUACAUUAUUUCGCGUUCGAAUAUUUUCAAGAUGGCCUAAUGGUGGUGCUCCUUAACUCGAUUUCGGACUCGGAUACUAUUGAUAGAAUUAGUCACGGAUUCACGAGGGAUGGAAUUCCGGAGCCGGAGGAAGUUGUUAGAAUUGACGUGGUCGGAGUGCUCUCAUUGUUUUUUCAUGUUGUUUUUGUAAGGACGAUAGCAAACAUGGAUAUCAAGCUCGACUUUGUGCCGCCAGCAUUCAUCAACUUCGUCUCUAGGCAACUCAUAGGGAGUGGCUUCAAUCUCUAUAAAAAAGCAGUUGCUUCAAUUGUUUCUAAAGGCGACAAAGAAUAUCGUGAGGCUUUGGAGGGCCCACUAUACAAACAAAUGCGCGGAUCUCUUUAUUCUACCGAGUCUAAGUACGUGAAUAAAAUCGAGUAUUCCAAAGAAGACAAUGCAGAAGGACACGAAUCAUUAUUCGAUGAUCGUGCCAAGAAAAAGUCGGUAAAUUUUUCAACUGAUGAUCAAAUUACUGAAGAUGUUACGGCCGAUGAUAAGGAAACUGUUAAUGGAACAUAUAACAAAAUUACGGAAAAUUACGAACCCGGGAUUAGGGAAAAUGUUGCUAUAAUUAGUCCAAAGGUGAAACAAGCUCUCGACACAUUGGAAAAGGCGAUUUUGCUAUUUCAUAAGAACAACAUUAGCCCUGUCGAGGAUUUGGGGAGAAAAAAAAUAUGAAGCCGAUCAAAUGAGUGAAAAUUACGAAUCCCAGAAUCAUCUAGUAAGAAUGGCGCCAUAAUCAGGAAGGAUUGGGCAAAUUAAGGAUUGAUCCAAAAUGACUAGAAAAGUCUGAAAAUCGAGGUUUUAAUGUCCAUUCGUGCUUUUCAUGUUGUGUCGUGUAAAAGAUGAUACAUGAAAAUGGUAUAUAUGAGAUAAUUAAAAAUCCAUUUAUGUAUUACGUGAAACGAGCCGUUGGUGAAUUGGACUUGCUAAGGCUUGAAUUGAUUCAAUUCAUUUAAU